GAGUCUGCUUAACAAAGCUGAGUUUACAAGGUGUUUAGAUAACUGCUUUUCCUCUAAGUUAAUAUCUUUAUCCUCUUUUCCUAAUUAACAGAAAGCUCCAAAUCAAGCACAUACGUCAGUGUUGGUUACUGAGACAGGAUCAGAACCAUGAAACUAGAGGUACCUGAAACUUUGGAAGAUGUUGCUGUUCACUUUUCAAAAGAAGAAUGGAUGAUGCUGAGCAAAGAGGGGAAGCAGCUGUACCAGGAGGUGAUGGUGCAGAACUAUGAACACAUGGUGUCCAUAGGAUACAACAUCCCGGUAGAGCAGCUGUUUGUGUUACUUGCCAAACCAGGUGACCUUCCGUUUAAUGUUAGAGAAGACUUGGCCAGGCUUCAAGGGGGACUUCCUGACACCUCCAUGACCACCAACAGAUGUCUGAGUCUCAGUGAGAUGAAAAUUCAUCAGUCUUCAGUCCAAAAUCAUGUAAAUGCUCAAUAUGGGAAGAUCAUUCAGGAUAAAAUGCAAGCAUGCAGGGACCAUAAGCAGUAUGAAUGCAGUAUAUGUGACAACAACUUUGCAUUUAACCCUGUCUUUCAGCUACAUCAAAAAACCCACUGGAGACAAACCUAUAGGUGUUUGACAUGUGACAAGAGCUUUACAAAGAAGACUAAUCUUAGAGUUCAUGAAAGAAUACACACUGGUGUGAAACCAUAUAAAUGUUCCACGUGUGGUAAACAUUUUACUCAUAAGACUAACCUUUUAAGACAUACAAAAAUACACACUGGAGAAAGGCCGUACAAAUGUGCCACAUGUUGCAAGAGUUUUACAAGGAAGACGUACCUUUCAGCACAUGAAAAAAUACAUACAGGUUUGAAGGAAUAUGAUUGUGCCACGUGUGACAACAGUUUUACAUUUAAAUCUGACCUUAAAGUGCAUCAGAAAACCCACCAUGAAGAACAAUUUUUUAAAUGUUCCACAUGUGCCAAGAGUUUUACACGGAAAUUUUAUCUUGGAGCCCAUGAGAAAAUACAUAGUGGAGUGAAGCCAUAUAAAUGUUUGACAUGUGGCAAGAGUUUUCUAACAAAUCAUCAGCUCUUGACACAUGAAAAAACACACAAUGGAGAGAGACCAUUUAAAUGCACCAUGUGUGAUAAGAGUUUUGCAGUGAAGGCUUACCUUUUAUCACAUGAGAAAAUACAUACUGGAGAGAAGCCAUAUAAAUGUGCCAUGUGUGAAAUGAGCUUUACACAGAAAAGUACGCUGUCAUCCCAUGAAAAAAUACAUACUGGGGAGAAGCCAUAUAAAUGUGCCACGUGUGACAAGUGUUUUACACGUAAGAGAACACUCUUUCAGCAUCAGAAAGUACAUACUGGAGAGAAGCCUCACAAAUGUGCCACAUGUGGCAAAAGUUUUACUUGGAAGUGUCAUCUCCCCGUACACGAAAAAAUGCAUACAGGAGAGAGGCCAUAUAAAUGCAUUACAUGUGACAAGAAUUUUAUAACCAAGUCUCAACUUACAAAACAUGAGAAAAUACACACAGAAGAGAAGCCCUAUAAAUGUUUAAUCUGUAGCAAAAGUUUUAAACAAAAAAUUGUCCUAUCAAAACAUGAGAAAAUACACAUUGGAAAGCAACCUCUUAAGUGUGCAACAUGUGACAAAAGUUUUAUACAGAAGAGUACACUCUUAGUGCAUGAGAGAAUACACACUGGUAAAAAGCUGUAUAAAUGUGACACAUGUGACAAGUGUUUUACAAGAAAGAGUCGUCUCUCCACACAUGAAAAAAUUCACACAGGAGAGAAACCAUACAAAUGUGUCACAUGUGACAAGAGUUUUACCCACAAAAGUACUUUGUCAACACAUGAAAAAAUACAUACUGGAGAAAAGCCCUAUAAAUGUACAUCAUGUGACAAAAGUUUUACAAGGAAGGAUACCCUUUCAAACCAUGAAAAGGUGCACAUAGGAGAAAAGUUAUUCAACUGUGUGGGGCAAGUGUUUUCCCAGAUUACCCUGUCAGUACAUGAGUCAAUGCACAUUUCAGGACUGGAGUCCAUUCCUGCUGUGGCUUAUAAAGAAAAAUUAAGUAAUAAGGGUUAUGAGCGGUAUAUCAAGCCACAGUCUGAUAUCAGUAGGAAUAUCUGCUGUAAACAGGUACCAGAAACCUUUGAUGAUGUUGCUGUUGAUUUUUCAAUGGAAGAGUGGAAGAUGCUGAGCAAAGAAGAAAAAGAGCUACAUCGAGAGGUGAUGGUGCAGAACUUUGAUCACAUGGUGUCACUAGGAUACAACAUCCCGGUAGAGCAGCUGUUUGUGUUACUUGCCAAACCAGGUGACCUUCCAUUUAAUGUUAGAGAAGACUUGGCCAGGCUUCAAGGGGGACUUCCUGACACCACCAUGACCACCAACAGAUGUCUAAGUCACAAUGAAAUGAAUAUUCAAUAUUCAGUUCAAGAUCACCUGAAUCCUCAAUAUAGGAAGAUAUUUAUGAAUAAAAUGCAGGCAUACAGCCAAGAGAAGCAGGAUAAAUCUAUGACGUGUGAUAGCAACUUUGAAUUUAAGUCUGUCUUUCAAAUACAUCCGGAAACUCACUGCAGGCAGACCUUCUACAGAUGUUCGACAUGUCACAAGAGUUUUACAAGGAAGAGUAAUCUUAGAGCUCAUGAGAAAAUACACACUGGUGUGAAACCAUACAAAUGUGCCACAUGUGGCAAGCAUUUUACCCACAAAUCUAACUUUUUAACACAUACACAAAUGCACACUGGAGAGAAGCCAUACAAAUGUGUUAUAUGUUACAAGAAUUUUACAAGAAAGGCUUACCUUUCAACGCAUAAAAAAAUACAUACUGGUGAAAAACCAUAUGAUUGUGCCACGUGUGGCAAUAGUUUUACAUUUAAAUCUGUCCUUAAAGUACAUCAGAGAACCCAUUGUGAAGAAAAGCUUUAUAAAUGUUCUACAUGUGGCAAGAGUUUUACACGGAAAACUAAUCUCAGAAUCCAUGAGAAAAUGCAUAGUGGAGUGAAACCAUAUAAAUGUCUGACAUGUGGUAAGUGUUUUCUAACAAAACAUCAGCUGUCAGCACAUGAAAAAACACACAAUGGAGAGAAACCAUUUAAAUGCACCAUGUGUGGUAAGAGUUUUACAGUGAAGGCUUACCUUUCAUUACAUGAGAAAAUACAUACUGGAGAGAAGCCAUAUAAAUGUGCCAUGUGUGAAAUGAGCUUUAUACAUAAAAGUACUCUGUCAUCCCAUGAAAAAAUACAUACUGGGGAGAAGCCAUAUAAAUGUGCCAUGUGUGACAAGAGGUUUACACGGAAACGAACACUCUUUCAGCAUGAGAAAAUACACACUGGAGAGAAGCCUCACAAAUGUACCACAUGUGGCAAGAGUUUUACUUGGAAGUGUCAUCUCUAUAUACACCAAAAAAUACAUACAGGAGAGAAGCGAUAUAAAUGUGUUACAUGUGACAAGAGUUUUAUAACAAAGUCUCAGCUUUCAACACAUGAGAAAAUACAUACUGGAGAGAAGCCAUAUAAAUGUUUAAUCUGUGACAAGAGUUUUAAACAGAAAAUUACCCUCUCUAAACAUGAGAAAUCCCACGCUGGACAUCAACCUCUUAAGUCUGCAACAUGUGACAGAAGUUUUAUACAGAAGAGUAUAUUGUCAGUGCAUGAGAGAAUACACACGGCUAAAAAGCUGUACAAAUGUGACACGUGUGACAAGUGUUUUACAAGGAAGAGUCAUCUCUCCACACAUGAAAAAAUACACACGGGAGAGAAGCCAUACAAAUGCAAUACUUGUGGCAGGUGUUUUACCCAGAAAAGUACGCUUUCAACACAUGAAAAAGUACAUACUGGAGAAAAACCUUAUAAGUGUGCAUCAUGUGACAAACGAUUUACACGGAAGAAUACCCUUUUAAAACAUGAAAAAGUACACGUAGGAGAAAAGGUACUUAAAUGUGUGGAAAAAGAGUUUUUUAUAGAUUACCCUGUUAUUACAUGAGUCAGUGCACAUUGCAGGAAUCCCUGUUAUUACAUGAGUCAGUGCACAUUGCAGAAUCCCUGUCAUUACAUGAGUCAGUGCACAUUGCAGAAUCCCUGUUAUUACAUGAGUCCGUGCACAUUGCAGAAUCCCUGUUAUUACAUGAGUCCGUGCACAUUGCAGGAAUCCCUGUUAUUACAUGAGUCAGUGCACAUUGCAGAAUCCCUGUUAUUACAUGAGUCAGUGCACAUUGCAGAAUCCCUGUUAUUACAUGAGUCAGUGCACAUUGCAGAAUCCCUGUUAUUACAUGAGUCAGUGCACAUUGCAGGAAUCCCUGUUAUUACAUGAGUCAGUGCACAUUGCAGAAUCCCUGUUAUUACAUGAGUCAGUGCACAUUGCAGGAAUCCCUGUUAUUACAUGAGUCAGUGCACAUUGCAGAAUCCCUGUUAUUACAUGAGUCAGUGCACAUUGCAGAAUCCCUGUUAUUACAUGAGUCAGUGCACAUUGCAGAAUCCCUGUUAUUACAUGAGUCAGUGCACAUUGCAGGAAUCCCUGUUAUUACAUGAGUCAGUGCACAUUGCAGAAUCCCUGUUAUUACAUGAGUCAGUGCACAUUGCAGAAUCCCAGUUAUUACAUGAGUCAGUGCACAUUGCAGAAUCCCUGUUAUUACAUGAGUCAGUGCACAUUGCAGAAUCCCUGUUAUUACAUGAGUCAGUGCACAUUGCAGAAUCCCUGUUAUUACAUGAGUCAGUGCACAUUGCAGAAUCCCUGUUAUUACAUGAGUCAGUACACAUUGCAG